AUGGAGGAAGCAUCAAAAACCAUUGCACACCAAAUCGGAGGUAUCCAAAACGACGUGCUUCGAUUCGGACUCCCCGGAGUUAAAAGCGACAUCGUUGGCGCUCACCCUCUCGAAUCAUCUCUCCAAUCUGUAAGGGGAGUGGAAGAAGCUAUGAAGAGGCAAUGCAAAGUGAACCUGUAUGGAGCUGCUUUUCCACUGAAGGAGGAACUCGAUAGGCAAAUACUUUCUCGGUUCCAGAGGCCUCCUGGGGUAAUUCCUUCUUCAAUGCUGGGUUUGGAGACUGUUACAGGAAGUCUUGAUCACUUUGGUUUCGAGGAUUUUCUAAACGACCCUUGCGAAUCAGAGACUUUCCGGCCAUUGGAUAUGCAUCAUGGAAUGGAAGUUCGCCUUGGGAUAUCUAAAGGACCGGUCUACCCAAGUCUUAUAUAA